AUUAGUUUUCUCGUUUUAUUCUCCAAGUACAUAUUCCCUUUACUAACCAGCAAUAAACAUGGCUAAUCGUAGUGGUAAUCGUAAUCGUAAUCAAAAUCAAAAAGAAGAGCCUGUUGACAAUACAAUUAGUUAUGUUCAAUGUGAUGGGUUGGCGGUAAUGAAAAUGGUGAAACAUUGCCAUGAGGAAUCAACAAGCAACAUGGAUUUGGCCCAGGGUGCUCUUUUAGGAUUAGUAGUUGAUAAGCGUCUGGAAAUUACGAACUGUUUUCCGUUUCCAAAAAGUGGUGAUGAGACUAUGGAUGAAGAAGAAUAUCAGUUAGCCAUGAUGAGACGUUUAAGACGCGUUAACGUUGACCAUUUCCAUGUUGGAUGGUAUCAAAGUGCUGAUGUUGGAAAUUUUUUAUCAUUCCCUCUAUUAGAGUCUCAAUAUCAUUACCAAACUAGUAUUGAAGAAUCUGUUGUUGUUAUAUAUGACACUCAAAAAUCUGCCAGAGGAUUUUUGACAUUGAAAGCUUAUCGUUUAACACCACAAGCUAUUGCAAUGUAUAAAGAAGGUGAUUUUACUCCGGAUGCCCUACGACAAUUGAAAUGCGGAUAUGAAAAUUUAUUUGUUGAAGUACCAAUUGUUAUUAAAAAUUCGCCAUUAACUAACAUCAUGAUGAGUGAGUUAGGUGAAAUGGUACCGGAGGAAGAAGGGAAUCGGUUUUUGGAUCUAGGAACUGCUGGAGUAUUAGAAAAUCAUCUCCGAUGCCUGAUUGAACGUGUUGAUGAAUUAUAUCAAGAAGCAAGCAAGUUUAAUAAAUAUCAACAAGCUGUAGUUAAGCAAGAACAAGAAAAGCAUAGAGCUUUGGCUAAAUUAACUCAAGACAAUGCCGCACGUGCGUCCAAAGGAGAAACACAAAUUCCUGAAGAAGACGUACUAAAACAAUUUAGGCCACUAGCAGUUCCACCAAGACUUAAUUCUAUGAUUGUUUCGGGACAAGUUAACACAUAUUCGCAGCAUAUUUCACAAUUUUGUUCACAAUCACUAGCAAAAUUGUUUGUUACGCAGUCUUUGCAAAAUGCUAAAGAAACUAAAGGAUCGUAAAUCAACUUUUUUCAAAGCAAAUAUGAACAUUUUAAGAAAAAAAACAAAGUAAAACUUGCGUUUUAAAUAAAGAUCUUAAAGCAUAAGAAGUUUUUGUUAUCACAUUUUAAGUUUUUAU